AUGGAAGGAGGAUAUGAUGAGGAGAUCGACCCUAACUCUAUCAGAGACGAUCCAUACCGGGAACAGAAGAUCAUCAAUGAGGAGUACAAGAUAUGGAAGAAGAACUCCGUCCUCCUUUAUGACCUCAUCUAUGCCCGUGCUCUUGAGUGGCCAUCUCUUACCACACAAUGGCUGCCAGACAGGAAGGAAGCACCUGGAGGGGAUGGACUCUACCAGCAUCGAAUGCUCAUCGGCACAAACACCUCGGAUGGUACGAAUAACUAUCUCCAGAUCGCACAGACUGAAAUCCCGGAACCCGGCAAGCCAAGCAUCACCGACUUCAAUGAACAAUCCGGGGAAGUCGGCGGUCACGGCAACGCCAGGAAGCCGUUCACCUUCAACAUCAUCCAGAAGAUGAACCAUCCCGGGGAAGUGAACAAGGCACGAUAUCAGCCGCAGAACGCGAACAUCAUCGCUACGAUGGACAGCACUGGUCGCGCGCUCAUCUAUGACCGGACUAAGCAUCCUCUGGAACCGAAAUCUCCCGAAGAAAACCAAAUGGAUUUGCAGCUCGUCGGGCACCAAAGGGAAGGGUUCGGACUUGCUUGGAGUCCUCAUGAUGAAGGCCAUCUUGUGACGGGUACCGAGGACAGCACCGUCCGCGUUUGGGACCUGCAAGGUGGCUACACCAAGGGCGCCUCUACAAUCAAGCCGAAGACGACGUAUCGAAACCAUUCGGCAACUGUCAACGAUGUUCAAUACCACCCGAUCCACAAGUCGUGGAUAGGGUCGGUCUCGGACGACUUGACAUUCCAGGUGAUUGACACCCGACAGUCAGCCGACAAGCCUGCACUUUUCAAGAAAGAAGCGCACGCGAAGCCGAUCAACUGCUUGGCUUUCCACCCGACCUGGGAUCCGAUCGUAUUGACCGGCUCGGCAGACAGCACGGUCGGUAUCUGGGAUCUGCGGUACCUGAACAAGAUGAGCGAGUGCUGCGAAGGCCAUAAAGAUGCAGUUAUGAAGCUGGAGUGGAAUCCGGUGAUGCCUAAUCUGUUCGCUAGCAGUAGUGACGAUCGACGACUGAUCAUGUGGGAUAUCAACCGAAUCGGAAAUGAGCAAACUGCAGAAGAAGCGGAAGACGGGGCCCCGGAGCUCUUCUUCAUGCACGGCGGCUUCACCAACCGUGUCGCGGACUUCAGCUGGAAUAAGAACGACCCGUGGCUCCUAGCCGCCUGCGCGGAGGACAACCAACUCCAGAUCUUCCGGCCGUCAAAAUUUGUCAUGCAUGACGCUGAAAACACGGAGGUCUCAAACCAAGCAGUUGAGACUCAACACUGA